AUGCAUCUUUAUGUUCAUAUAAGUUUUUUGUCUUUAAUCGAACCGAUCGAUCUAUUUCUCCACGUUCACGAUGAUCAAUUUACUAUGGAUACUGACAGUGAGGAUCUGAAUGAAGAGGAAGAAGAGGAUGAUGAACAAGAAUCAGAUGACGACACGGGAUUUUUUCCUAUUGAUGAGCAUGUUGUACAAUCAUCGCAACCAAAUAAUCAACCAAUACGUACCUCAUCCGAACAGUCAAAUAAAUAUUCCUCUGGUCUAACGGCAACGAACACUCAUCCUCAAGACAAUAAUUUCGAAUAUGUUGUCUUGUCACAAGAAGAAAUAGUCAAAUACAUGGUAGAAUGUAUCAAAGAAGUGAAUGAAGUGAUCAAAUUGCCAUCGACAACAGUUCGUUUGCUACUUCACCAUUUUCGUUGGGAUAAAGAAAAGUUAAUGGAACGUUUCUACGAUCCCAAUCAUCAGGAAGAAUUGUUUCGUCAAGCACACAUAGUCAAUCCUUUUAAAAAAACGACUCCAACUCCAACUCAACUGACGAGUUCAUCACAACGUACAACACAUCGUCAAGUAUCCCAAUCUUCAUCCGAUCAAACAUGUGCCAUAUGUUGUUCAACAAAAUCUUCAUCUGAAAUGACCGGUCUCGAAUGUGGUCAUAACUUUUGUAUUAAUUGUUGGCAAUACUAUUUAACUACGAAGAUUCGCGAUGAAGGCAUCGGACAAACAAUUCCAUGUCCAGCUCAAUGUGACAUCCUAGUCGAUGAUAAGACAGUCUUACAACUGAUUCGCACGCCUGAAGUGCGUCAGAAGUACCAACAUUUAAUCACUAACUCGUUUGUUGAAUGCAAUCGAAACAUGCGCUGGUGUCCAGGAACAAAUUGUACGAAUGCAAUAAAAGCAGCCUAUUGCGAUGUGGCUAUGGUUGUGUGUACAGGAUGUAAUACAUCAUUUUGUUUUCAAUGUGGUCAAUCGUGGCAUGAACCAAUCAAAUGUAAAUGGUUGAAAAAAUGGCAAAAGAAAUGUCAUGAUGAUAGUGAAACGAGUAACUGGAUUGCUGCGAAUACAAAAGAAUGUCCGAAGUGUCAUGCGACAAUUGAAAAAAAUGGUGGAUGCAAUCAUUUGAUAUGUAAGAAUCAAUCUUGCAAGUAUGAAUUUUGCUGGGUGUGUUUGGGCGCUUGGGAACCUCAUGGUUCAUCCUGGUACAACUGCAAUCGUUUCAAUGAAGAUGACGCGAAAAAAGCGCGUGACGAUCAAGAACGCUCUCGAGCGGCAUUACAACGAUACCUUCACUAUUAUAAACGUUACCAUAACCAUCACGAAUCUUUACGGUUAGAAAGUAAAUUGCUAUCUGAAGUGCAAAAACGUAUGGAAUCGAUGCAGCAACAAAUGAGCUGGAUUGAAGUUCAAUUUCUUCAAAUCGCUUGUGACGUACUUCGUCAAUGUCGACAAACGUUAAUGUAUACAUACCCAUUUGCGUUCUAUCUCAAACGAAACAAUCAUUCAAUUAUAUUCGAACAGAAUCAAGCUGAUUUAGAACACGCAACGGAAGAACUAUCAGGUUAUUUAGAACGAGAUUCGAAUCAAAUCACAAAUCUAACUGAAAUGAAGCAGAAAGUUCAAGAUAAGUAUCGUUAUUGUAGCACACGACGAAAAGUAUUAUUAGAUCAUGUGGCUGAAGGAUAUGAUUGUGAUUAUUGGGAAUAUAACGAAGAUUUAUAA